UCAUUCACUCGCAAUCUCGAUGGCCAGUCCUCUCGCGGCGGUUAGAACAGAUUGAUCCACUUUUCGUUGUCUAACAGUGUCAGUGCUGUGUUAUAAAAUGUGCCGGAAAUAUAGAACUUUUCCAAGGUGAAAAUAACCGAAUUUUUAAGGAAUAUUAAGAAAAAUGGCGGCACUUGUACGUCUUAAACGAAGUAGCGUUCAAUUAAGACUCGCUGCACGUGAAGUUAGGGCUGCAGUACGUGCUCGACAUAUAGUAGCUACUCUUGUAGCAAUUGGAUUCGCCCUUUCAGGUGCAGUUGAAGUCAGUUCAUCUGUUGCUUUGCUAGCGAAUCAAAAAGAUAAUCAUGCCAUCAUCGAUACAUCAUGGCAUUGUGAUAUGCUCGUUAAUAUUAGCAGCCGAAAUAGAACCGAAGAUGUUGGAUUCAUUCAAAUGGAAAUGCCCCCAGAGGAACGAGCAGAGUCCAACAUGCGGGAAGCAUUUUUAUGGGGCCAAGUUGCUGGACCGAUAUUGGGAGGCUGUCUAGUUUGGGGACGUUCAGGACCGUCAAUGGUAUUUUCUCGUGCCGUUCUCAGCGCUUGUCUUGCCUCACUUUUAGUACCAGCUGCAUGGAGGGGACCCUCUCAUGUUGCCCUGAGACUUUUACAAGGGCUUUGCACCGGCGCAACAAUGCCUGCAGCCCAUAUGCUUGCCAUGACUUGGUUUAAAAGCACACAUAGAAGCUGGUAUUUUAGUUGUUACGCAGCUGUUAGUGUGGGAUAUUGUUUAACUGGAUGGAUUGGAACGGCAGUUGUUAGAUCAUUUGGAAGAGACUCACUUUGCUAUUGUCUUGCCAUUUUGGCUCUAUGUUGGUAUUUUUUGUUUGGUCGUUUUGUUAAAGAUUUUCCAAGAUCCUAUCAGCACGAUACCAAUGCAGCAGUUAUACCCUGGGGAAAACUUUUGAGAUCCGUUCCAGUUUGGGCAUCGGCUGUUGCUACAAUGGGUAAUCAAUGGGGUGACGCUACACUCGCCCUUGGUAUGACCAAGUAUCUUAAACUUAUUUAUGGAUUUUCGACUGCAAAUGACUCGGUGCUAACGACUUUACCUCAUAUUGGUCACUUUUUGGCUGCCUUAACAUGUGGUCUUUUGGUUGAUCAUGUUAGAGAAUCUAAGAUUGUAUCAACGACAACAGCGAGGAAACUUGUCGUUUACACUGCGCAUUUCAUUCCGGCCGCCCUCUUAUUUGUGGCUGGUUACGCGGGUUGUCAGGCCUUAGGAGCAGCCUGGUUGGGAAUUGCAGCACUUUUGGUAUCAGGUACCGCUCCAGCGGGUGCAUUAGCGGCAAUUGCCGAUCUUGCGCCUGCGGAAUCACCGGCAUGUGCGGCUGCAGCAUGUGCACUUUGCUCCACCCUAGGCGCGGCUGGUUUACUCGCUGCCAAUUAUUUUGUCACGCAAGCUCUUCACGGAUCUAUCGCAGGUUCUUGGCGAUUGGUAUUCGGUGUGGCAUCUGUCGUUUUAUUAACAACAGCCGCAGUUUUCUUGGCCCUUGGAAAAGGAGUGCCCCAACCCUGGAUACCUUCUGUUGCACGACCACGAAGUCACGACGUCAUUUAUGAACAAGACACCCUCGAACUUGAUUACGAGGAUGUUGGAGUACAAACUGAGCCAUACUUAGAUCCAUACAAUCAUGACGAGGACGCUGAAAGUAUGAAAGACGGUCUUGGAUCUGUUUCCGUUCACUCGACCAUCUCAGCUACCACGAGUAAUAAUUGAAAUUUUAAAAUAAGGUAAAAACUUUUUUAAACAAAUUAUAAUAACCUCGAACAUGUAAAUAAAAGCGAUAAAAUUGGUUUUUUAGAUGAAUUUUAGAUAAUCUAAUUUUUAAAUUUUAUUUUAAUAAAGUAUAUAUAUAUAUA